CAUAGCAACUGGCACCCGCCAUCUUGAGGUACAAAGGCAGAGGAAAGGACUUGUUGAAAUACAAGAGUUAUGCCUCAAAAGGAGGAGCCGAUUUAUUGCUCACAACAAAUCAACAUUCCUCCAGAGUUGCCAGACAUCCUAAAGCAGUUUACUAAGGCUGCCAUUCGUACACAACCGAAGGAUGUUUUACAGUGGGCCUACGCGUACUUUGAUGCCUUGUCUAAAGGAGAGACACCCCCGGUGAAAGAACGCCUUGAGUUCCAGCUUGGGCAGCCUUUGGAAAAACCCCUUACUCAAGGAUUACUUGCAGUUUUACACAAACAGCUGGGUGGAAAGCCGAUUAUAGAGUUGUCAUCCUUGGAAGAAAAGUGGAAACAUUUGUCACUUCCUAAAGACACUCUGGAUGAGCUACUGAGGUUGGGAAGUUUUGGUGAGGAACUGAAGUGGCUUCAUUUUCUGGCUCUUGCUUGCAGUGCAAUCAGAGAGAAUCUAACAUUGGCUAUGAAAACAGUUUGUGAGAUUUUAACAACUGAUCUAGAAGGAGGUCCUGCUCGAAUACCAUUCUCACUGUUUAAGGAGUUGUUCACAUACCUGGCAGAAAUUGAUGGAGAAAUUCCUAAGGAACAUGUUGAUGCUGUCAUUGAACACUUAAGCUAUGAUGUAGAAAAACAAGAAGGACAAGUUUCUCCACGCAACUUUAUGAGUGACAGUUGUCCUCCACUUUCACUAAAUGAAAACUCAUGAAAACAUUCAUGUCGUAAAAACUGAAGUACAAACUGUUGAUUGUGAUAUAGGUUCAUUUUGUUCAAUCCUCAAGCUGUCAAAACAUAUCACAGGCUGUGUUUACCUACACCUAAAUGUCAUAGAUGCACCACCAUCUCUUCGAAAAUCGUUUACAUGUGUAUAUAUAUAUAUAUAUGUGGCCAGAUUAAAAAAGUUGCUUAUGGCUUUUUCCAUACAUUGAUGAUCACAGCAAGCUUACAAGGAGCAGUAUCAGUGAAAAUUAUGUAUAUACAUGUACUACUGUGAUCAAGAAGUAAACCUUUGAUAAUCUCA